AUGGUUGUCGCCACAAUAAAAUGCGUUGUCGUCGGUGAUGGUGCUGUAGGAAAGACUUGCCUCCUGAUCAGUUACACCACAAACAAGUUCCCCUCGGAAUACGUUCCUACCGUUUUUGAUAAUUAUGCCGUCACGGUAAUGAUCGGCGACGAACCAUAUACUCUCGGCCUUUUCGAUACCGCUGGACAAGAAGAUUACGAUCGUCUGCGACCCCUUUCCUAUCCCCAAACCGAUGUCUUCCUUGUAUGCUUCUCCGUCACAUCACCCGCUUCCUUCGAAAACGUACGCGAGAAAUGGUUUCCCGAAGUCCACCACCAUUGCCCAGGAGUUCCUUGCCUUAUCGUUGGCACCCAGACAGAUUUACGAGAUGAUAAUAGCGUUAGAGAAAAAUUGAGCAAACAAAAGAUGUCACCGGUAAAGAAGGAAGAUGGAGAGCGAAUGGCCAAGGAAUUGGGAGCGGUCAAAUAUGUUGAGUGUAGUGCGUUGACUCAAUAUAAGUUAAAGGAUGUAUUCGACGAGGCAAUCGUAGCAGCGCUUGAACCUCCGCAGGUCAAAAAGAAGCACAACAAGUGUUUGAUACUUUGA